AUGAGCAAUCCAGUCCACGAGAAAGCAGUGGUAAUAGGGAUCUCAGGGCCCUCGAGCAGCGGCAAGACGACCCUCGCACGGUUACUACAGCGUGUGUUCUGCGGGGUGAAUCUAAAGCCAGAAGACUCACGUCUAAAUACCUUCACAAUCCACGAAGAUGAUUUCUAUUUCCCGGACGAUAAAAUCCCUUACACAACAACCGCCUCCGGCGAGAAAAUUCAAGACUGGGACACAGCGUCGGCAAUCGACAUCCCCUUCCUCUCGCAAGCGCUACACUACGUGCGCGAGAACGGGACACUCCCACCGCGACUACGGAGCAAGGAAGACCAAAACGACGCGACAGAUUCCGGCGUCUCAGACGAUCUCGUACAGGAGUUGAGGGGUGUUGUUGGGUCUCGGUUGCAGAGCAAAAGCAAAGUAGCAGGAAAGGACAGCGAAAGCCCGACUAUCGCAUUCUUAGAAGGCUUUUUGCUAUUUGCGCCGCCCGGGCAAGAACAACAUGUCCUCCGUUCCGUUCAUGACGCUAUACAUCUUCCUCUUUUUCUGCCUGCGGCGUAUGGGGUUGUUAAGGCGAGACGUGAGGGGAGGAGUGGGUAUGUGACUGUUGGACCGGCGCUGGAACCGCGGGGUACUGGAGAUGGGGGAGAUGGUGGGGGUGGGAAAACGGGGACGGAUAUUGAUCUUGAGGCUGAGGAUGAUCGGCCACCGCAGAAUUUCUGGGUCGAUCCGCCUGGGUAUGUGGAUGAUGUUGUUUGGCCGCGGUAUGUGACGGAUCAUGCUUGGUUGUUGAUUGCCGAGGGUGGGGACGAGGAUCAGAAGGACGGGAGUCAGGCUCUGACGGAGGCUGAGCUUGUUCGGAGGAUUGGGGAUGGGACUAGGGCUAGGACUGACGUUGGGGUUGAGGUUGCACCGGGGUGUGGGAGUGCAGGGAUGGAUGUUGUUUUGAGAUGGGCUGUUGAGUUAAUCCUGGGGUAUUAUUUGGAUCGGAUGGGGGUAUAG